GGUCAGGUGGUUGGGUGACGCCCCGGGAAAGCGCUCCCCGCCGAGGGCGGGCGGCGCCGCCGCGCCCGACGCCUCCGGGGGAGGGGACUUCGCGGGAGUCGCGGACGGAGGCGAGGAGGAGCGCGGCGCGGUGCGGAGCUGCGGGCGUGCGUGCGAUCCGAGCGGGACGGGCUGCAGGCGGCGGAGGCGCAGAGGACGCGAGGCGGCGGGCGGGAGACAUGGACCGCGGCGAGCAAGGUCUGCUGAGAACAGACCCAGUACCUGAGGAAGGAGAAGAUGUUGCUGCUACGAUCAGUGCCACAGAGACCCUGUCAGAGGAGGAGCAAGAAGAGCUAAGAAGAGAACUUGCAAAGGUAGAAGAAGAAAUCCAGACUCUGUCUCAAGUGUUAGCAGCAAAAGAGAAGCAUCUAGCAGAGAUCAAACGGAAACUUGGGAUCAAUUCACUACAGGAACUAAAACAGAACAUUGCCAAAGGCUGGCAGGAUGUGACAGCAACAUCUGCAUACAAAAAGACAUCUGAAACCUUAUCUCAGGCUGGACAGAAGGCGUCAGCUGCCUUCUCAUCUGUUGGAUCAGUCAUCACCAAAAAGCUGGAAGAUGUAAAAUUGCAAGCCUUUUCACAUUCCUUUAGUAUCCGCUCCAUUCAACAUUCAAUUAGCAUGCCUGCUAUGAGAAACUCCCCAACUUUCAAAUCAUUUGAAGAAAAGGUUGAAAACUUAAAGUCUAAAGUAGGGGGAACCAAGCCGGCUGGCGGGGAUUUUGGAGAAGUCUUGAAUUCAACUGCAAAUGCCAGUGCCCCGGAGCCUCUUCCAGAACAGACGCAGGCGAGCCCAUGAGGUCCUUACCUUUGUUCUGCUACCCACUGCCAGAUGCUGCAAGCAAGAUCCAAGCACAUCUUGUCAACAUUCGUUGCCGUGAAUUUCCACCAGAUGUGCUUUUAAUUAGCUUUACAUAUUCAUUUGACCAAAUAGUUUGUGGGUUGAACAAAAUAAAAGUAUCUUCACUUGUGUUCCUGGGAAACACCCUUUAAUGUGCAUUUAAGGGCCCUGAUUUAGGAAACACCAUUAUAAAAACACAGGUAAUCCCUGGGGAUCCUCAUUAGAAUGAUCUCCGAAGCUUCAGGUUAUCAUAAUUGCUUUCCUACUUUACAAAAUUGCUCUGGAUCUGGGAUGCCACUUUGAUCUUUGUCUUCAAUAUGAUUUUCUUGUUUCCUUCUUGAACCUCUGUGUAUUUGAUUGCUAACUAAAAUUUUCUUUAAAAUUUCCUGAAUCCUGGUUAUUAAAAGUUUUGGCAUAAUUUUCUUUACCUCCAAGGGAAGAACGACCAGCUACAAAAAAUAUUUUUGAAUAAGCAUUGUUCUGAUAGAAGGUAUAUCUUUUGUGUCUGAAGACAGCAGACUAAAUAAAUCAGCUCUACAUCCAAUUUGUUAGUUUGGUAAGUGACAACGUGUGAGGUAGUUCAGAGUCCUAGGUAACUUGAGAGUGGAACCCUCACAUCCUCGUCACCAUUUGUGACAGUAACCAUUUCAGUAUAUUUGUUAUUAUGCUACUUCUCUCAACUUACUUUUCAUGAGACUGAAUUUCUAGUUUCAGAGUAAGUUGCAAAAUAACAUUUUGAAUCAGGCAUAUUGUAAUUACCAGCAGGUUGAAAUAUGAACACUCUCAUCACCUGUUCCAUUCAAAAGCCUGAACGUUUUUUAGAUCUCAGUAGCUGUAAAAAUGCUAAGAUCAAUCACAUUAGGGGAGACAUUGCUGUCUUCGUUUAAUUCAUUUAGCACCAUUUAAAAAUAAGCACACGAAAUUGUAUGACUAAUUUAACUUGAAAAGAUUUUAUACUAAGGGGUUGGUGGUAGGUAACUCCUGAGGAUUUAAUGCAUUAAUGAAAAUCAACUCAUUGUUUUCUACUUAUUUGUUUUCAUUGUGUUAGAAAUUAUAAAAUGAUGUAGACGUUGCCCCCCUACUUUGAAAAAAUGGCAGGGCUGAAUGAACCAAAGCCUCUAGAAGUAUCUGCAUGGAGGCCAAGGUACUCUCUUCUAAUAGCUACUUAUUCAUCACUAUUACCUUUUCAUUAUUCUGUGUAUGGUUAUGGCCUAUAAUGUUGUAUUUGUUAUUUAUCAAGUUGUGAUUGUUUUAGUAUUGUUUAUGCCAAAUGUUAAUUGCCAAGCUUGGAGUGACCUGAGGCAUUUUUUUUUUUAAAGCAUGACUAGAUUUAACUUCAGGAUAAAUUAUCUUAUGAAAACCAAAUUUGAAAAGCCACAAGUGUUGAUUGUUAUGAGUAACAUGCUGCCAUUCUUGAUUGCUAGAGCUUUUGUUAUAGCACUUUAGAUGCAACUGAAAAUAUGCUCUAUUAAAUGUGAAAAGCCUAAUAAAUUCUGUCUAUCAGUAGUAUAGGUCUCAAUAUUUAUUGUGAGACCAAUGGUCUGGAAACAGCUUGUAUUAAAUAAUCAACUGGUGUCUAUGCAAAAAAAACUUUUUUUUUUUUUUUACUAUCUGCUUUAAAUCACUACUUAAUGGUGUCAGACUAACAUAUAAAUUAUUUCCUUGAAGAGGCUUUAAGGCAAUUGCCCCAGUUGUUGAAGCACUGUCCUGGAGGACUGGAUCUGUAAAAAUUUGUCUUUUUAUAGAAAUACUGUGGUUACUCAUCAUAACUGUUAAAUUAUUUUUUUCCAACUAGUCUUUCAUUUUUUUUUUUAAUCAUCUUUUCAUCACAUUGUUUCUUGGGUGUCCUGCCCUGUUACUAUCUUUCAACUUUAGCUGAGUGAAAUAUAUUCAGAUCUCUACUUUAUAAUGAGAAAUGAUAGAAUAAGGAGUGGAAAAUGGGAUGGGAGUAUGUGAGUAUUGGUGAUGGUCAUGAAAGAAAUUGGGAGAAUUGCUUUUCCAGAUAUCUACCUAUACUUAAUUUUAAAUGAUUUAAUCUUUUGCAAAGUACUCUGCAUCUUAAAAGUAGUAGUAAAAAGUAGUGAGAGAUUGAAUUUAGACAAACAAACAUAUGGACUUAGAAAUAUUCAAAAUAGUCUUUGUGGAAGAUUCAAUAUGAAUUCACAGAUAUUUAAGAAAUUUGGAACAUAGUAAUUAUUAAAAAUACCAGAGAGUUCCUGGUCACUCUAUUGAAUUUUGUGUUUGACACUGUAAGAAAACAGUAACUUGAGAGUGAAAUCUCAGAUGUUUAAGUGAACAAGAAGUGUGACAGAAGGAAAUAAUCCCUAAAAUUAAUCCCUUUAUACAAAGGAUUGUCUUCAAUUUAUGGAGUUUGUGGAAAAUAAAGCAAGAAUUCUCAUGCUUAUGAGGCCAAAGUAAUCAUUGGAAGAGAGAAUUCACUGGAUUAUUCUUUUAGUAAUUCAAACUACUGAAAUAGAGAAGAAAAAAAAAACACCUUUAAUUUGGAAUCACGGUUUCUGGAUCUGUUUAUCAUUAAAUGCACACUGUAUUUUUUUUUUUUUUUUGUAUAGUAUUGAAAACAAUAAAAAUUCUGUAAUUUG